AUGUCAGCAAGAACAACAGCUCCACCAGCAAAACAAGAUUUUACUUAUUUAAAAACAGGUCGUAUUAAUUUAACUAUUCUUCGUGAUUAUAUUAUUCAAGAAAUAAAACGUUGUACAAAUCAAUUUCAUACAGAAAAAAGUCAUUUACCAAAACAAUUUACAAAAGAUAAAUGUGUUAUAGUUGAUGAUGAUAUUAAAAAUUUACUUGGCCAUGUUCAAGCAUUAAAUGAUCUUGGUGCAAGUGAUAUUCGAAUAUUUAAAGAACGUCAACAUGAUACAUCCGAUUAUAGAAUAACAUUAUUUAUUGUUCGACCAAAAGCUGUUUAUAUGGAAGUUAUUGCUAAUAUGAUAAAAGAUGAAAUGAAUAAAUUAAAUAAAUUAAAGUCAAAAGAAAAUUCAAAGCAAUAUGGAAUUAUAUUUGUUCCACGACGUUCACGUGUUUGUGAAGAAAAAUUAAAGGAACAAGGUGUUCGCGGUGAUAUUAUUAUUGAUGAACUUAAUUUAGAUUUUCUACCUAUUGAUACAGAUUUAUUAUCUAUGGAAUCGAAUGAUUGUUUUAGAGAUUUAUAUUUAAAUAAUGAUACAACACCAUUAUUUAGUUUAGCACAUGGUCUUAUAACAUUACAAAAAUUAUAUGGUAUUAUACCAAAUGUAUUUGUUAAAGGUGAUAAAGCUAAACAAUGUUAUGAUAAUAUGUUGAGAAUGCAACGUGAAGUUCCCGAUAAUGAAAAAAAAGUUCCAACACAAAUUGAAAAUCUUAUAUUAAUUGAUCGAACAGUUGAUUUAAUUACACCAAUGAUGAUACCAGCAACGUAUGAAGCUUUAUUAGAUGAAGUUUUUGGCAUUCAAUUCAAUCGUAUUGAAGUUCCAACCGCAACAUUUAGUGCCGAUUUUCGUGAAGCUCAAAAAAUUGAUAUAGCUACAAAAGAAAAAAUUGCUAUUCGUUUAUUAACAACUGAUCAAUUAUAUUCCGAUACACGUUAUUUACAUAUGAUACCGGUUGGUAAAAUACUUCAAGAAGGUGCUCGUGCUCAACGACAAUUACGUACUGAUUUUGAUGCAAAUUUUUCCGGUUCAGCAUCAACAAUUCAAGGUGAAAAAUUAGCUGCUUUACGUAAAUUUGUUGUUCGAAUGUCGAAUCAAAAUUCCAAAAUUCAAACAUUAUCAACACAUCUUGAAUUAGCAUUUUGUAUUAAACAUGAAUUAACAUCUAAUUAUGAUAUGUAUCUAGCUAAUCAAUUAUCCAUAUUAUUUUCACCUAUUGUACAAGAUGCUUUACGUCAAAUUGAUGAACGAAUUGCCUGGAAAGAUAAUAUUUUUUGUAUAUUACGUUAUUUAUCUAUUAUAACACAUGCAUUAGGUCCACAAUUAAAACGUAAAGAUUAUGAUUUAAUAAAAAAAGAUAUUAUUCAAACAUUUGGUUUACAAUAUCUUGUUUUAAUUCAUGCACUUGAACAAAUUGGAAUCAUAUAUUUAUCCGAUCCGAAUAAACCAUCAUCAACAAUUCGAACAAAUGAAACAAAUCUUGAUCGUUUAAAACGUGAAUUUAAUUUAUUACAAGAAGAUCAAGCAGUUAAUGUUGUUGAACCACAAGAUAUUCAUUAUAUUUAUUAUCAAUAUGCACCCAUAAGUGUACGUUUAAUAGAGAAAAUUGUUUUUCCAACAACAAAUAAUAUUCAAGAUGCAAUGAAUAUUUUACCUGGUACAACAUUUAUUGAUACACAACAAGUACCAAUGGAAUUAAAACGACAUAGACAUGGUUCAACAACAUCACUUAGUUCAUUAAAUAAAACAACUAAACAACCAAUUCAACCUCAACGACAAACACAACAACAAAGUACAGAAUCAAAAGUAACUUUAGUUGUUUUUAUUGGCGGAAUAACAUAUGGAGAAAUUGCUGCAUUAAGAUUUUUAGCGGAUAAAAAUCAUGAUUUUAUUAUUGCAACUACACAUUUUAUUAAUGGAACUAAUUUAAUGAAAUCUUUACUCGAUGUGCCAAUAUUACCUUUGUGA